AUGUCUGUACCUUCCAAGAUUUUGAGAAUUGCAAUCGUUGGAGGUGGACUGGGUGGACUGGGUGGCCUGAUGGCAGCCCUCUGUGUCCACUCAUUCUGCGUUUCAGCUGCAAUUGAGAUUGAUGUUUACGAGCAGGCUUCAGAGUACAAAGAGAUUGGUGCAGGCGUCAGUCUUGGCAAGACUAACAUUUGGUUAUCGGCUCGGCGAUACGACGACACUGGUGAAGAGAUUGUCAGGAUGAAGGCAGAUGGUGAUGAGCCAUCACAUUUGCCGGUGCAUAGGGCUGAGUUUCUAGCCCUCCUCGUACAAACGAUUAAAGAUAGGGCCGCUGCAACUCUUCAUCUCAAUAAAAAAUGCUUAGCAAUAGAGGAGAUGGAUGACGAUAUUGUCCUGAGCUUUGCAGACGGUGCGAUGGUCACAGCAGGCCUAGUAAUUGGGGCUGAUGGCAUUCAUUCUCGUAUACGCCAACACUAUCAUAACGAUGAUGCCCAGUUCGGUGAGAUGGUUGUGUAUCGCGGCUUGGUUCCAACGGAUGCUAUCAAGGACUGGUGGCCGCUGGACACUUACACUCCCAUCUGGAUAGGUCCCGGCAGAUACUUUAUCGUCUACCCCGUUAGUAAUGGAUCCUUGCCGAAUAUUGGCGCAUUCAUUGCGACUGACGGCAAAUCAUUUGAGAGCAAGACAGAAAGCUGGACACUCAGGGGGGAUAGAUUCGACCUGGAAAAGGAUUACACGGAUUUCGACCCCACGGUUAACCGUCUCAAUCAAUGUUUGGACGAAAAGCCUCUCAAAUGGAUCCUCACCAAUUUCAUCUUUAGAAUCGCGCUCUCUCCGUCGCGUUUGAUUCCGCUGUAUCUCGGCACUAUCAAACCUACAACCGAUCAUCCACGCGACGCAUCCGCUGCUAGUUUCCCACUCGUAGAGAAGUGCAGCAAGAUGGGCAAAAAGAAGCGCGGCCAUCCCGAUGUCGAGGAAAUCCUCUCGCGACCAUGGUGUUAUUACUGCGAGCGUGAUUUCGAAGAUCUGAAGCUCCUCAUCUCCCACCAAAAAGCCAAGCACUUCAAAUGCGACCGAUGUGGCCGACGCCUAAACACUGCCGGAGGUCUCUCCGUCCACUUGAACCAGGUUCACAAAGAGACGCUCAGCCAGGUUGAAAAUGCGCUGCCCAACAGACAAGGGCUCGAGGUCGAGAUUUUCGGCAUGGAGGGCAUUCCGCAAGAAGUGCUCGAACAGCACCGGAAUCGUAUCAUCCAAAACUUCUACCAAGCACAGGAGGACCGCAGAAUUGCGACCGGCAACCCCCCGCCUGGCCAAUCAAAGAACCCGAGAAAGAAGAUCAAGAUUGAGACAGCAGAGGAGCUCCUAAAGAGAUUUGCCGAGUAUCGGGUCCAACGAAAAGCGGCGGUAGCAAGCGGCGGUACCAUGGAGGGCGUCGUACAGACAGGCACCGCCUUCCCUCAGCAAGCGUUCAACCAGCCCGGCUUUCCUGGACAGCAACCGCAUGGACAAGCGGCUUACGGAUUUUCCUCAGACUCCCUUCCAGCGCGGCCAUCUUCAGGCCUCGUUGUAGCACCGGGUUUGCCCCAACGACCCACACAGGCCGGAUUCUGGGGUGGCUCAGCUCAAGCUACGGCUUCUGGCGAUGAGAUUGAUCAGUUGAUCCGCAUGGCCGAAGCCGGCGUCAAGCCACAGAAGAAGCCAGAAGAUGGCGAGGAGGGCGAAGGCAAGAGCAAAAAAGACAAGGACAAGAAGGGUCGCAUGAUCUACGACGACGCAGAGUUCAGCCCCGAAGAGAAGAUGGCGGCUCUUGCUCGCUAUGCGUACAUACCGCCAGUCGGAGCUUAA